CACAUUCAGCGUUAACUGUCAACACUGCACACGUACGAGGCGUCAACGGCGCCGGCUCUGUCCCGCCAUUGCCGGAGAUGGCGAGGGGAACCACCACCAUGGAGGUCCGUGACGACGGAGUCGCCGUCAUCACCAUCUCCAACCCGCCCGUCAACGCCCUCUCCUUCGACGUCCUAGCUAGCUUGCAGAGGGACUACAAAGAAGCUCUAAGAAGAAAUGAUGUCAAGGCAAUCGUUCUCACUGGAGCCAAAGGGAGGUUUUCAGCAGGAUUUGAUAUAAAUGGAUUCCAAAAUAAGCCAAAAAACGACAAGCCCUGGUCCCUCUCCGUUGAUUUUUUGACUGACAUAGUAGAAGAUGCUCGGAAACCGUCAGUUGCUGCCAUAGAUGGCGUUGCUCUAGGUGGUGGCUUAGAGGUUGCAAUGGUUUGCCAUGCUCGUGUUUCUACACCGUCAGCUCAAUUAGGACUACCUGAACUUACACUUGGUGUCAUUCCUGGAAUGGGAGGAACGCAACGGUUGCCCCGCCUUGUUGGCCUGCCAAAAGCUCUUGAGAUGAUGUUGAUGUCAAAGUCUAUAAAAGGAGUAGAGGCUCAAAAACUCGGUUUAGUUGAUGCCAUAGUUCCAGCUAAUGAGUUGGUCAGCACCGCCUGUUCGUGUGCUCUGGAAAUCCUUGAACAGAAAAGACCAUGGUUCAAGAGUCUCCAUAGAACUGAUAGACUUCCAGAUCUUGGGGAAGCAAAGGAAAUUCUUAAAUUUGCUAGAGUUCAAGCACAAAAGCAGGCUGCCAAUCUUCAACAUCCAUUAGUUUGCAUUGAUAUUAUUGAAGAGGGGAUACUUUCCGACCCUCGUGCUGUCCUCGUGAAGGAAGUGCUCUCUGGAAAUAUGCUCCAGCAGUCUCAAACAAGCAAAAGCUUGAGACAUGUAUUCUUCGCCCAACGUGCGACUUCAAAGAUUCCAAAUAUUACCAACUUGGGAUUGACACCACGGAGAAUACUGAAGGCGGCCAUUAUUGGGGGAGGUCUAAUGGGAUCUGGUAUUGCAACUGCACUGAUAAUGAGUGACAUCUUGGUAGUCUUGAAAGAAGUUAAUGGAAAGUUUUUAGAUGCUGGAAUUAACAGAGUUAAAGCCAAUUUGCAGAAUUUUGUCAAGAAGGGGCGAAUAAGCAAAGAGGAUUAUGAAAAGAAACUUUCUCUACUCUCCGGUGUUCUUGACUAUGAUCAAUUUAGAGAUGCAGAUGUGGUCAUUGAGGCAGCUAUUGAGGAUAUAUUGCUGAAGCAGCAAAUAUUCUCUGAGCUUGAAAGGCACUGUAACUCUAACUGCAUAUUUGCCACAAACACUUCAACAAUAGACCUCAAGUUAAUUGGCCAACAGACGGCUUGUCAAGAUCGAAUUGUUGGUGCCCACUUCUUCAGUCCAGCUCAUGUCAUGCCACUGUUGGAAAUAGUUCGUACUCAUCAAACUUCCUCACAAGUUAUUGUGGAUUUGCUAGAUGUGGCAAAAAAGAUACGGAAAACACCAAUUGUUGUUGGGAGCUGCACUGGGUUUGCUGUCAAUAGGAUGUUUUUUCCAUACGUCCAGGUGGCUGGUUUGCUGGUUGAUUAUGGUUUGGAUAUAUAUCACAUAGAUCGAGUGAUAACACAGUUUGGAAUGCCAAUGGGACCUUUUCGAUUAGCUGAUCUUGCAGGUUUUGGUGUUGCCGUUGCCACCUCAAAGCAAUAUUAUCAAAAUUAUCCUGAGCGAUGUUAUAAAUCACGGCUUACUGAAAUUAUGCUUGAGGACAACAGGACAGGUGAAUCUUCUCGUAGGGGCUUUUACCUUUAUGAUGAUAAGCGAAAAGCUUCUCCAGAUCCUGAUAUCAAAAAGUAUGUGGAGAAAUCAAGAAUCAUGGCAGGUGUUGCACAAGAUCUUAAGCUGAUGAAAAUAACAGACAACGACAUUGUAGAGAUGGCCUUUUUCCCUGUGGUAAAUGAGGCCUGCCGAGUCCUUGAUGAGGGGAUUGCUCUGAAAGCAUCUGAUCUUGAUGUAGCUUCCAUCAUGGGAAUGGGCUUUCCUUCUUAUAGGGGCGGAGUGAUGUUUUGGGCUGACUCUCUCGGGUCGGAAUAUGUGUACAAGAGAUUGGAUGCUUGGUCCAAGGAUUACGGGGAGUUCUUCAGACCCUGUGAAUAUUUAGCUUGGAGAGCUCGCCGGGGUGCAUCCUUGGCUGCCACAGUUGCGAAACCGCGACUCUAAGCCGUGCAUCCGUUUCUGUUCGGAGGUCUGCCUUGUUGUCCAGUCCGAGAUGAAAGACUUGGCAGGAGCUUUGACUGUGGUAGUCUUGUAGAUGUAAAACUGGGGAAAUGAUAUGUUGGUUCAGGUGUUGGUAGUCUUGUAGAUGUAAAACUGGGGAAAUGAUAUGUAAAACUGGGGAAAUAAUAUGUUGGUUCAGGUGUUGCCGUGAACAUACGCACGUCGCAGUGGUAUUAUGCAUUGUGGUUUCCCAUGGAA